AUUUUAUUUUUUGAAUUGAUAUGUACUUGAGUUUCAGGAUGGCUUGACAAUAAAACCUCCGAAGAAAUCUCCAUUGGUGUUAAGGAUGGUCGUCUUGCUUUUUGCCAUGGUCUGUGGGGUUUAUAUAUGUUCAAUCUGCAUGAGGCAAAUAAAUGCACGUUCUAAUGGACGUGUAUUGAGUGUUAAAGUGGUAGAGAGGCUGUGUGAAGUACCUGAAAUUCAACCAUCUGAAAAACCUUACUUGCAUUUCCCCCAGCCAAAGACUUUUGCCAGGGCCGAGUGUGGGUGCAAUCCUGUGCAAUAUUUUGUGAUUUUGUCUACACAGAGGUCUGGGAGUGGAUGGUUUGAAACAAUGUUAAACAGUCAUAUUAACAUUACCUCCAAUGGAGAGAUUUUCUCGAAUAAGGUUCGAAGAAGUAAUGCAUCGUCAAUUGUCGAGACAUUGGAUAAAAUUUAUAAUUUAGAUUGGUUGACUAGUGCCUCCAAGAAUGAGUGCACGGCUGCAGUUGGACUGAAAUGGAUGCUUAAUCAGGGUUUGACGCAACAUCAUGUAGAAAUAGUGGAAUACUUCAAAUCUAAAGGAGUUUCAGCAAUUUUUCUUUUCAGAAGGAAUCUUCUGAGACGGAUGAUUUCAAUUCUUGCAAAUUCUUAUGAUCAGAAUGCCAAACCACUGAAUGGGACCCACAAAUCUCACGUGCAUUCGCCCCAGGAGGCUGAAAUCCUCGCAAGAUAUAAACCCGUUAUCAAUUCAACAUUGCUGAUACCCAAUCUGAGGCAAGUGGAAGAGAUGGUUACAAAAUCUCUAGAAUAUUUCAAGAGCACUCGACAUAUUAUCCUUUACUAUGAGGACAUAAUAAAGAACAGAACUAAACUGUUAGACGUUCAAGAUUUUCUACGAGUUCCUCGAAUGGAUCUAAAUAGUCGCCAGGUGAAGAUACACAAAGGGUCGUUAUCUUUGCAAGUUCAGAAUUGGGAUGAAGUUGAGAAGACACUCAAGGGAACACAGUACGAGAGCUUUCUAUACGAAGACUACAAAAUGUCAUAGCCAGUACAUAUUGUAUGUAUAGUCAGUUGCUUAGCUUAUUUAUUCAUUUUUUUCCACUCCAGAAGCUAACCGAGCUUUUCCCUGUUAAAGUUUUGGCCACAACUAUACAAGUUGCUUUCUUUUCGUUUUGACUUUGGAAGUCAUCUGUAGCUUAAGCUGGAUUAAGAAUGGAAUUUGUAGUCGUACCUUGUUAUAUUGAUUUGUUCAAAGGAAUAUGCAUGUAUAUACACUGGAUGCCCCUAUCUGUACUCUGAUUGGACAAAUUCUUGGCAUUUAGAAUAAUUCCUUUUUAUGCCUUAUGUGCUGUAAAUAAUAGUUUCACUCUGCAACCACAUUGUAGUAUUAUAUUGUAUUGGGGUUUAUGAUAA